UUGCUUGUGAUUGUCGCGUAAAAUGCGCGCGCUUCUGAUGCAUCUUCUUGGAUAUCCAGGAUCAUAUUCCGUUGAAUAAAACUUGUGACCCGACAAUAAAUAUUCCUAAUCUGCACGAGUAUUUAUAGCAACUUUUUGAAUCAAUUAUUUUCUCACCAUCAUCUACCACGCACCUUCACACAAAACCGGACUACAUAAAUAGAUGAAGAUAGAAGAUGCGACGACAAUGGUAAGCAGAUAGAAUUUGACCCUACCUACAAACAUCGGAACAAUUACCAUUUUUAAAGGUGACUUCCUCCAAGAAUCGCGGUGCGGUCACCUAUGUUUUCGGAGCGGAGUGACAUCUACAGAAUUAUUAUAAAUGCCUGAUUAUCUGACCAUCUCUGUCUGCGGUGCGGUGUUUACGUUAAAAUUGUAGGAUGAUGAGCAGUGAUUUGGAGCACGUUUCACUCAAUUCAACGACGGCCAGCAACUCCGGGACUGGUUCGGGCGGCCGAGGGCUGUCAGCCAACGUUCGGAAGCUGCACAACGCGCUCAACUUGCUGCUCACUGACUUCGAGAGAGAACAAUUUAUCCACUGCCUCAAUGUUUACCACGCUAAACGCAACGUCUUCGACUUGGUUCAAACUCUCAAAAUAAUCCUCAACACGCCGAACAAACGACAACUCCUCCCCAUGUUGCGUUUGGUCAUUCCCCGCUCAGAUCAGCUGUUGUUCGACCAGUAUACUUCCGAGGGCCUGUACCUUAAAACGGAUCAUCUACCACUAAACAGUGUCAACAACCCUGGAAGCUUUGGAGGAGUAGGCAAUACUGCAAACAACUAUGUCCCAAUUCCCACGACACACUUUAUGAACCCGCAUGAGCCCCAGUUGCCUCAUGAUCUUUCUUGUUUCACAUCACCAGAAGCUUGCCCGUGCCCCGACAGUUUCAGCACCACCGCUGAUGGGACAGCUCCCCUGGCUUUCGUGCAGGAGGAGGCUGUUGGAGAGAUCCGCGAAGUGACACUGAGACGCAGCAAGAGCAAUGAGGGCUUAGGGUUCAGCAUCCGGGGAGGUUCUGAGCACGGUGUGGGAAUCUAUGUGUCGCUAGUAGAACCCGGAUCUUUUGCCGAGAAUGAAGGACUGAGGGUCGGGGAUCAGAUAGUGACUGUUAACGGCAUGCUGUUUGACAGAGUCUCACACAUGGAGGCAGUAAAGGUCCUGAAAGGCUGUAAGAAGCUGGCCAUGUCAGUUUGUUCAGUGGGCCGGAUCCCCGGGGGGUAUGUCAGCAACAACAUUUAUGCCUGGGUGGAUCCUCAUGGCCGCAGUGUGUCCCCUCCCGCCGACCUGGAGCAGCAAAGCACCCUGGGACCACAACACAGCCAGAGAUGUACAGGACACACACAGGAGAAGACAGUAAACCUGAACCUGGACGAUGGUCUCUCUCUGGGCCUGAUGAUCAGAGGAGGGGCGGAGUAUGGCCUGGGUAUCUACAUCACUGGGGUAGACCCCGGCUCAGCUGCAGACCACGGGGCACUCAAGGUGGGCGACCAGUUGCUGGAGGUGAAUGGGCGGAGCUUCGUGGCCAUCCCCCAUGACGAGGCGGUGAGGAUCCUGAAGACGUGCCGUCACCUGCUGGUGAGGGUGAAGGACGUUGGCCGCGUGCCCCAUGCCCGCACCGUGGUGGACCAGACCAAAUGGAUCAGCAGCCCCAUCACCCCUAGCCCACCGCCCAUAACAGAGAGCACCGCGAGCCCAGCCGCUACACGGCCAUCUUCAGCGCGGGCUACACCUGUAUUAGGAAAGUCUGUUUGUCAAGGUGUGGGGCCCCUGGGUUUCCAGGUGUCUCUGGAGGAGCAGGCCUUCCUGCUGCUGACAGACCCAGAGAGACAGACCAUGGGCUACUACCUGCGGGAGUACCAGGAGGGACACAUCAGCCUGGAGCCCCUGACCAUGGCCCUGUUUGAGCUCUUCAACACUCGUGCCAAGUUGUCCCUGCUAUCUGAGGUGCGGAGUCAGGUGGCUCCCCAGGAACUGGAGCUGUAUGAUGGCCUGGUGCUGCAUCGCGAGAGGGAGGCUCUGAAGGCCUGGCACGGAGGAAUGGGAUCCCUACACCCUGUGCACCCAUACAGCCGCUGUCUACAUGCUGAGCCCUCAGCCAGCCACAGCCACUCCAACCCGACCACUCUCUGCUCUACCAAGGAGUGCUCACAUGGUGACAUUGUACAGCAAGAUCCAGGGGCAACCACUAAUGUCCUACCUGACGUUACAUUGAAUGAAGUGCAGUCGACAGCUGAGUCUCCUCUGUUCUUCAAGCCUCCUCCUCCCCCCGGACCCGGACAGACCCAGCCCAGACAUCCGAGGGACAGGGAGAGGGAGCAGUCCAAGCUCCUCUUAUCCAGACACUCCCAAUCUGGCCUGGUCUUUACUGCCCCCACCAGGCUGCACCAGGAAUGUCACCACAAACACCUUAAAGCCUUCCAAAGCUUCUCAAACCACCAACCUUCCAACUCCCCUAGCUCGGACCUCCAUCACACCUGUCCCAACCCUGGCCAUCAAAACAGCUCCAACCCUGGCCAUCAAAACAGCUCCAACCCUGGCCAUCAAAACAGCUCCAACCCUGGCCAUCAUACCAGCUCCAACCCUGGCCAUCAUACCAGCUCCAACCCUGGCCAUCAUACCAGCUCCAACCCUGGCCAUCAUACCAGCUCCAACCCUGGCCAUCAUACCAGCUCCAACCCUGGCCAUCAUACCAGCUCCAACCCUGGCCAUCAUACCAGCUCCAACCCUGGCCAUCAUACCAGCUCCAACCCUGGCCAUCAUACCAGCUCCAACCCUGGCCAUCAUACCACCCCCAACCCUGGCCAUCAUACCACCCCCAACUCUGGCCAUCAUACCACCCCCAACUCUGGCCAUCAUACCACCCCCAACCCUGGCCAUCAUACCACCUCCAACACUGGCACUGGCCAUAGCGUCUAUCCAAGCUCUGGCAAUGACACAUCCAUGAACUCUCUUCACCACACCUGCCAAAGCUCCCUCCACAUCUCCACAACUACCUCCUCCGACCACCACACCCCCCAAACACACCACGGCUGCUCCAGCUCCGGCCACCAUUCCUGCCCUGGCUCCCUUCAUCCCAAGCACUCUGGUCCUCAGAACAAGGACAAAUUCACCAAGCUUCCCAUCUUCAGAUCCUGCUCCCAUGAGAAGCCUGUUACCUCCCCUGGUCCCUCCCCAUGUCUCUCUCCCUGUCUCUCUCCCUGUCUCUCCCCUGGUCCAUCCCCUUGUCUGUCCCCCUUUCCCUCCCCCUGUCCUUCACCCUGUCCCUCUCUCUCUGUGCUGGGACCUUCCCCAUGUAGUCCAGACAGGUCCUGCUCCCCCUGCUCUCCCUCCCUCAGCCAGGGAGGUUUGUGUGUCAUGGCCGACACACACAGACUGACUGCUGAGGCUAGGCCCGAGCCCCAGCAGAGAGGCACUACAUUGUCCCAGCUGUCAGACAGUGGUCAGACUCUGAGUGAGGACAGUGGGGUGGACAUUGCUGAGGCACGAGGGCUCAGUAAAGACAGCAGUCCUUGGCCAACUAAGAACCAGGCCAGCCAGGCCACACAAGGGCCCCAGGGGGCCCAGGGUUCUGCAGUACUGGCAUCCAAACAGCAGCCUGGCUCUCCAGUGCCCAUACUUACUCUGGUACGUGUGGUAAAGAAUGCCAACACUCUGGGCAUUGCUAUAGAGGGAGGUGCAAACACACGGCAGCCACUGCCACGCAUCGUCACCGUACAGAAGGGGGGCUCGGCACACAGUUGUGGGCAGCUGAAGGUGGGACAGGUGAUUCUGGAGGUGAACGGGGUCUCCCUGAGGGGUAGAGAGCACCGGGACGCUGCUCGCAUCAUCGCUGAGGCCUUCAAGACCAAAGAGAAGGACCACAUUGACUUCCUGGUUACAGAGUUUAACACAGCCCUACUGCAAGGCCUUUAGCGGGGUCGUAUUUAGGCACCACACAGAAGAAAAGAGACUGAAGGGACCACCUGAACAAGAAGGGAUCUCCUGAACUAAUGCUUGUUCCCAUUUUCCUGCAGGGGCUUCAGCAGGACGUUGCACUUUAGAGAACUGGAACAGAUGGAGGAAAGCGAGAACUGAAGGAGGGAGAAGUUUGGAGUGUUGCACCUGGGGACAAAAUAAAGACAAUCCGUUAUUCUCCUGUAAGCCCCUUCUCCCUUCCCACAUUGUUGUCCCUCUAUACCAACUUACCAGGCUGGCCAUGUAUUGUUAAAAAGCUCAAAUGCCCGACAUCCUGCCUUAAUAACCCACCGCUAGAACACACAGUUGAAGUCGGAAGUUUACAUACACUUAGGUUGGUGUCAUUAAAACUGAUUUUUCAA